UUAUGGCUCGAGCGGCCGCCUCGGCGCCCUAUAAAACCCGGCGGCGCGCCGCGCUGCCACUGUCGAGUCCGCGUCCACCCCGCGAGUCUAGAUCUCUCGCAUCUGCUCCUCUACCGGUCCACACCCGCCACCCAGUUCGCCAUGGAUGACGAUAUCGCUGCGCUCGUGGUCGACAAUGGCUCCGGCAUGUGCAAAGCCGGCUUCGCAGGCGACGAUGCUCCACGUGCCGUUUUCCCAUCCAUCGUGGGCCGCCCGCGGCACCAGGGCGUUAUGGUGGGCAUGGGCCAGAAGGACUCCUACGUGGGCGAUGAGGCCCAGAGCAAGAGAGGCAUCCUGACCCUGAAGUACCCCAUCGAGCAUGGCAUUGUCACCAACUGGGACGACAUGGAGAAGAUCUGGCACCACACUUUCUACAACGAGCUGCGUGUGGCCCCCGAGGAGCACCCGGUGCUGCUCACCGAGGCCCCUCUGAACCCCAAGGCCAACCGUGAAAAGAUGACCCAGAUAAUGUUUGAGACCUUCAACACCCCAGCCAUGUACGUAGCCAUCCAGGCUGUGCUGUCUCUGUAUGCCUCUGGCCGUACCACUGGCAUCGUGAUGGACUCCGGCGACGGGGUCACCCACACUGUGCCCAUCUAUGAGGGCUACGCUCUCCCCCAUGCCAUCCUGCGUCUGGACCUGGCUGGCCGGGACCUGACAGACUACCUCAUGAAGAUUCUUACGGAGCGUGGCUAUAGCUUCACCACCACAGCUGAGCGGGAAAUUGUGCGUGACAUCAAGGAGAAGCUGUGCUAUGUUGCCCUGGACUUCGAGCAAGAGAUGGCCACCGCUGCAUCUUCCUCCUCCCUGGAGAAGAGCUAUGAGCUGCCUGAUGGCCAGGUCAUCACUAUUGGCAAUGAGCGCUUCCGCUGCCCCGAAGCCCUCUUCCAGCCUUCCUUUCUGGGUAUGGAAUCCUGUGGUAUCCACGAAACCACCUUCAAUUCCAUCAUGAAGUGUGAUGUUGACAUCCGUAAGGACCUCUAUGCCAACACAGUGUUGUCUGGUGGGACUACCAUGUACCCCGGCAUUGCAGAUAGGAUGCAGAAGGAGAUCACUGCUCUGGCUCCCAGCACGAUGAAGAUUAAGUUUUGGCGCUUUUGACUCAGGAUUUAAAAACUGGAAAGGUGAAGGCGACAGCGGUCGGUUGGAGCAAGCAUCCCCAAGUUCUACAAUGUGGCUAGGACUUUGAUUGUACUUUUUUUUUUUUAAUAGUCAUUCCAAGUAUCCCUGGUUACAGGAAGUCCCUCCCAAAAGCCACCCCCACUCCCAAAAGGAGGAUGGCCCAGUCCACACCCUGAGUCUAUGCAGGGGAGGCGACAGCAUCGCUUUUGUGUAAAUUAUGUACUGCAAAAAUUUUUUUAGAUCUUCCGCCUUAAUACUUUUUUAUUUUUGUUUUUAUUUUUGAAUGGUCACCCAUCUUGGCCCCCCUCUUUUUGUCCCCCCAACUUGAUGUAUGAAGGCUUUUGGUCUCCUUGGGAGUGGGUUGAGGUGUGAGGCAGCCAGGGCUUGCCUGUACACUGACUUGAGACCAGUUUAAUAAAAGUGCACACCUUAUAAACAGGC